UAAGUGUGGUCUUCGUAUAAUUUUCCAUCUCUACUCGUUACUCUUUACUCGUCGAAACCGCUAAUGUCAAAAAAGAAAAAUCGAUUUAAGUUUUAAUCGAGCGUUUUUCUUCCUGUGAAAAUCUAUACAAAGUUAAUUAUAACAAGAUCAAUUUUUUCAUAAAAGUGUAAAGAAAUAUAAAUAUAAUAGUAGACUCAUGAAAAAUUAAAACAACAGCGUUCAAUGUUCUUUACCACAAAGUAAAUUAAGAACAACAAGAAUACAUCAAUCUUGUAACUCGUUUAAAAAUUGUGUAAAAAAGUGUGGCGAAGUAAUGAAUAUGGAUAGGCGUUCACGUAGCAUAUCGCCAGGCACACGCCGGCACCGGAAUGGUGGUAACAUGGCUGGAGGUGGUGGCUCACGACGGGACUACCGUCGUUAUAGUCGUUCCCGCUCGCGUUCAAGGUCACGUGAACGCAGUCGCGAUCAAAAUAUUCGCCGCCGCAAUAGUCGCUCUAGAUCACGAGAUCAUAUCGGACCACAUCGACGCGGCGGCAGUGGAGAAAAAGAUUUAUAUCGUGAUUUGAUAUUUGAUGACUAUCAGGAUGAUAAAAACUAUAAUGGCCGUGGCCAUCGUACUCGUGGUGGCGGUGAUGACGAUUAUAAUGAUGAACGCGAACGUUUUUGGAAUGAACGCGGCAGAGAUAAAGGCCGUGACUACGAUCGUGAGAGAGAACGUGACCGGGAUUAUGAAAGAGAUCGUGAUGGAAGAGACAAUCGCCAUGGUCGGCAUGGACGACGCUACGAUAAUGAUCGUGAUAGUGAUGACAGCGAUGAAAGUUUUCAGAAACAUCUCAACAAUAAAACCCCAUCAAAUACAAUAAUUGUACUGGGUUUACAAUCGCAUAUAACCGAAGCAGAUCUUAUGAGUAUAUUGAUACAACAAGGCAUGACUGCAUCAAUACGUCUUAUACGCAAACGACCAACAGGUGCAUCACGAGGUUUCGCUUUCGUCGAGUUUAGUACCAUUGAUGAAGCUGCACGUUGGAUGGAGUUAACCCAGGGCACAAUACAGUUGCCGGAUCAAUCGAUUGCCAAUCUACAGUACAGUGUCUCACCUAAGCAAAAAGCAAAUGCCACUGAUUGGCAUUGUGGCAAGUGUGGCGUUUUGAAUUUCAAACGACGUUUUCUCUGUUUUAAAUGUUAUGCGUCGCGUGAGGAUAGCGAAAAAAUCGGCGAGGGUAGCGAUGAAGUUAGCAACAUCUUAACGAAAAGUAUAUCAUACAAACUAAUUGCUAAAAUACUAAGCGAUAUUGCAAAAAAAAAAAAAAAAAAAUUUCCAGUACUCGUCAGUUACUGCAUAGACCACGAGAAUCGUCAAAUCGUGCCCAAGAAAGGAGAUUCCGGCGCCGCGGGCGGUUCCUCUAUUGGCCCGAUGACAGCUGCUGAGAUGAUGGCUGCUGGAAGUUCUUUGGCCGCCGGUUCGGAGUACACCUUAGCUGAUGUGCCCCGCUUGGCCGAGUAUAGCGCAGCUUUGUAUGCAUCAACACCAGCGGAACAAGCGCAUUAUCUACAAUACUACACCGAAUAUUACAUUAGUGAGAUAAAUAAGGGACAUUAUGGAAAUUUGCCUAGUUCGGCCCAGUUGGCGGAAACGUCAGCGAAUUCGGCAGCCGCUGUGGCACUUUCUGCCAUACAACGAAAACAAAAGAAAAUGAAUAGCAUUGAAACAACAGCCACACAAGCAGCAGCUGCUGCUGCAGCGGCUGCGGCCGCCGUGAAAGCAAGUUUAGCGUUGAAGAAUGUAGUUACACCGAAAGGAAACGAUGGCAAAACUUAUCCUACACCCGAUGUCACUCUAUAUCAAUAUGACGAGACCUCAGGCUAUUAUUAUGAUCCCACAACCGGCCUGUAUUACGAUGCACAUUCCCAAUACUAUUAUAACAGCGAAACAGGCGCUUAUCUCUACUGGGAUCAGCGUAAGAGCACAUAUGUUUUGGCCACACCAGCAGCUGCCGCUGCCACCGUGCAGGAUGUUGUGAACAGCGAAGCAGGAGAUGAUGGCAAAGCAACCACAUCAGCAGCUGCUGCCACAGUGACAGGCAAUGACGAUGAAAAAAAAGAUAAAAAGGAUGGAGCGAAUAAACAUGAUAAGGUGAAGGUAGCUAAGAAAAUUGUAAAGGAUAUGGAGAAAUGGGCCAAACAGUUGAAUCAAAAGAAAGAUUACACAGUAGUGGCCACGCCGCAACCUAUUUUACCUUCCAAGACAGACGACGUGCCGUUGCGUACAGUAAGCGUAACUAGUAGCAGCUCAAGCGGACUUCUUUCAAGCGGUUAUGCCGACGUUGGCUUCUCUAUAUUAGAGAAGAAGGAACGUGCCAAAUUGGUAGAUUAUUUGCCGACAGCGGCGAGUAGUAGUAAUAAGCUCACAGCCUAUGCGUCCGACUCAGAUGAGGAUCAUGCUGCGCCGUCAGCAUCAGUGGGUGGCACUGGCAGCGUCGGAGAGGCCAGUGAAAAGGAUUAUGUCGAUUUUCAAAAACUCACAUGUCUGCUGUGCAAACGGGCUUUCCAGUCGCUGGAAAUCUUGCAGAAACAUUUAAAAAUAUCUGACUUACACAAACAAAAUUUGCAAAAGUUCAAUUUAGCGCGUGGUGCCAGCGCAAAUGCAGCUGCGAAUACAAACUUAGCUAGCAACUAUAGGGAUCGUGCCAAAGAGCGCCGACAGAAAUAUGGUGAAAGCGAUCCACCGGUGGCGAAUCGUAGUCGUGAACGUUUCGAAAUGGAAAUGAAAUCGAUGGCAUCGCGUCAACCGGAAGCGCCGCCUAUGCCGAUAGGUUCCAACAAUGUUGGCAAUCGUCUGUUACAGAAGAUGGGUUGGUCCGAGGGUCAGGGCUUGGGUCGUAAAAAUCAAGGACGCACAAGUAUAAUUGAGGCAGAGGCACGCUCGUCUACUGUUGGUUUGGGUAACAAGUCUGGUAUUACACCCGGUGAAGACUAUAAAACAUACAUUAAGAAAAUGAUGAAAUCACGCUAUGAAUCUGUUUGAUUUCUUUUUUUUAUUUUAUUUUACUAAAAUAAGCAUUUAUUGUUUCCUCCUACUGUCACUUUAACUGAUUAUUAAUUUAUUCAAUACUGAAAAUCACAUUUUGCAUCAUCAUUGUUGAAUAUUUCUACGCAAAUUCAGUUAAAAAAAAAUACAUAAAUAGAUUUAUAUGUACGUAUAUGAAAA